CAAAUGUCAAAACCCAAUUAAAGGGCGAUAGGAUUUGUCAUAGUCUGUGUAAAAUAAAUAUAAAAUUCUUCUGUUCUUCUUAAAAUUAGUGCGUGUUCGCUGUGAUCCUAUCAACAAUUUGUUCACCAAGCUUGCUUUAAAUUUUAUCUCCACCGGCAUACAUUCACAAUGCAAGACACUAGACCCGAGUUAUACGAAGAAGUUAAGCUAUAUCGCAAUGCCAGAGAGCGUGAAAAGCAUGAUAACAUGGCAGAAUUGUAUGCUGUAGUUAGUACACUUCAGCAUCUAGAAAAAGCGUAUAUGAGGGAUUUGGUUCGUGCUCAAGAGUAUACAGCGGCAUGCAGCCGUCUCCUGGUGCAGUAUAAGGUCGCGUUCAAGCAGGUGCAAGGCACAGAGUUUCCUAAUAUUGAGGCAUUCAUCACAAAAUUCAGAUUAGAUUGCCCCGCAGCGCUGGAGCGGAUUAGAGAGAACAAACCAAACCUGAUCAAGGAUGACAAGGGCAACACUAACAAAUACAUUGCUGAGAUUGUUUCGCUAUUCAUUACUCUGAUGGACAAACUUCGUCUAGAGUUCCGUGCCAUGGACAUGAUCCAGCCUGAACUCCGUGAUCUGAGGGACACCAUGGACCGUCUCAUGAUGCUGCCGGAAGACUUCGAGGGGAAACUGAAGGUUCAAGAAUGGCUGGACAAGCUGUCAGAGAUGUCAGCCUCAGACGAGCUAUCUGAGGCACAGGGCAGGCAGCUCAUUUUCGACCUGGAGACCUCCUACCAGGCCUUCAACAAGUUUUUACAUAAGGACUGAACAAUGUAUCUCGCGGAGCUCAAAAGUGUUGUGUAUUUCAUACUCAAGUAGCUUCACUUCAAUAUAUAUUAUUUAUAAUUAU